CGCAGCGAGUGAAGCAGGUAGAGCAGGAGAUGCACAGCGGUGUGCUGUUGUGUACUGUAUCUUUCUUGUGGGUCCAUUCAUGUCCGAAAGAAAACGUACCGUGAAAAUUGGGGACUGUAAUCCGAAUUUCCUAUUCCUUUCGUAGUGAGGUUUGGGGAGAACGUCUGCAGUCCGUUCAGACAAGGUUUCCUACUUUGACCACUGUGCUGUGAAAUCCCACUCCAGUCUCUGUUAUCUCAUCAUCGCUAAUAUCAUCGUACAUCCUCCACCAUAUGAUGUUCAGUUAAAGGGCAGGCAAUGUGCAGCUGAUUCAGUUCUGGAAACUACAAAGACAUACCCAUUAUGAUGUGUUGAACUGUCAAGUCUGCUACACAAGCAUCACACUACAGUGCUUGAGCUAUACCAGAGGAGAAAUUGUCCAGCAACGUUUCACAGAAUGAACUCGAGCAAGGUGUCAGAUUGAAAGUAGGGGAUCCUAAAGACCUUGCUUCAUCCAAAAGGCAGGGAUCUGUAUGAUGCGUUUUAUGCAAUGGCAAGCGACUCCCUUGAAGGCUUUCAUGAAGUUAACCUGGCUUCCCCCACCACCCCAGACCUGCGCACGGAGUCCGAGGCUCGGCACCUCAAGCAGCCCGGCGCUGCGGCGAUCCUGUACCGCACUCACCCGUCUGUGAGCUCCAGCCCUGGCCCUCCCAACACCCUGGACGCGACACAGCUGCCCACCCAGCCUGUGUACUCCACACCCAGGCACCUGAGCAACAACGAGGCCUUCAAUGGCAGUGUCCUGGCAGUGGAUGCACAGAUCGCUGUGCCCUGCUCUUCCUCCAGCUCCCGGCAUCACGUCUCCCAGAACGAGCCUGCGCGCCUGGAGGCAGAUUUCCUCGAUGAUGGCCUGGGAGAUCGCGGGGGUGAGGAGAGCGGGGAUGUCUUUGGGCUGAGCACAGACAGCCUGUCUCACCUGAGGAGCCCCUCUGUUAUGGAAGUAAGAGAAAAAGGUUAUGAGAGAUUGAAGGAGGAGCUUACUAAAGCACAAAGGGACCUUAAGUUAAAAGACGAAGAAUGUGAAAGACUAUCUAAAGUAAGGGACCAGCUUGGGCAAGAACUGGAAGAGCUCACAGCUAGCCUGUUUGAGGAAGCCCACAAGAUGGUGCGAGAAGCGAACAUCAAGCAGGCCACUGCGGAGAAGCAGUUAAAGGAAGCACAGGGGAAGAUUGAUGUUCUGCAGGCUGAAGUAGCUGCUUUGAAAACGCUGGUCCUCUCCACUUCCCCCACCUCUCCCUGUAAAGACCUCUCGCUCGGUGGAAAGACUCAGUUUAAGAAAGGGCACUCUCGGAACAAGAGCACCAGCAGCGCCAUGCUGGGCAGCCAGCAGGAACUGAGCAUGAUGCAGCCCAUUGUGAGGGACUGCAGAGAGGUGGAUUUGCUGCUUUUCAGCGAAUUUAAAGCCUGGAAAGAGGAGCCCACUUUAGAAAGAACAUGCUCCUUUUUAGAACGAAUCUAUAAAGAAGAUAUUUACCCCUGUUUAACCUUCUCAAAAAGUGAGCUGGCGACUGCGAUCCUGGAGGCUGUAGAGAACAACACUCUGAGUGUGGAGCCUGUGGGAUUCCAGUCCCUACCCGUCGUCAAGGCUGCGGCGGUGGAGUGCGGAGGACCAAAAAAGUGUGCACUCAGCGGUCAGACCAAAAUGUGUAAACACAGGAUCAAGUUUGGAGAUUCCAGCAACUAUUACUACGUGUCUCCCUUUUGUAGAUAUAGGAUCACUUCAGUGUGCAACUUCUUUACUUACAUCCGCUACAUCUAUCAAGGACUGGUGAAACAGGAUGCUGAACAGAUGUUUUGGGAAGUAAUGCAGCUCAGGAAGGAAAUGUCUUUUGCAAAACUUGGAUAUUACAAAGAGGAGCUGUGACACUAAUUCCAGAACCUGCAUUUCCCUCAGAGCUUGAUUCUGACACUGCAGAGAAUCACUUCCGUGUCAUAUUUAUUAGGACAGAACGGGCCCAGAACCCACUCCCCCUCCCCGUCCUCCUCCUGCUCUUCUUCCUCUUUCUCUUCUUCUUCCUCUCAGCUUGCUCCUCAACCCCCUUGAAUAACUUCAGCUUGCUUGUGUGCUGUAUGUUGAAAUCAAAUGUGUUGAUCACUUUACAAGAACCCCACAGUAUGCCUAAUUCAAAAGAGAAGAAACAGCUGCUGAAAUAAACAUUGAUUGAAUUUUGUGUCUAAA